AUGGAAGAGCCGAAUAAUAACUCAUCUCCAAUCGUUGCAUCUUUAUCAAUCCCAAUUAUCCCUCCUACAAUGGACCUGGAGUCAACCAGCGCUCUUUCUCCCGAAGCUUCUCUUUCAGUCCCUACUUUUGAAGAGCAGCCAGCCCUUGAAAAGACAAUUUCAGCGCCGCCUGUGAUCCGAAGACAAGCUCGAAACUUGACUGGGAUUUCUGACAGAUCCAAUCAAAAGCUGUCUCAGCUGCUGACUCAACUUGAAGCUAAUGUGAUUUCUGCUUUUAACAAGCUUGUCAGGAACAAUCCAGUCAUCAAACAAGAUUUCGAAGCUUUGAUCAAUGAAGGAAAAAACCUUAUGAUCAGCUCGCCUUCGCCAGUCCUGCUAACAGAGUAUGGGCUCGACUUGAACAAUAUUCUUGAUAGAAUACUCCAAGAAAGCUACAACUUGGACGAUGUUUUUCAGUCCUUGCUAGUCGUCAAGGACAUGCAACUGGCGAAUCAGAAGAAGUCUGAGGAAAACGUUAACAAGCUCGAAUUGAUUUGUUCAGCAAAAGAACCGAUGAGGAGAGGGAAUAAAAAGAAAAGGACUUUUUUGAAUGUGAUUUAUGCAGAACCAACAACACCGUCUGAUCAUCUUUAUGCGAUUACAAGAUUGGUGGAUGACAUUAAAACAAAUCAGGAAAUUCUUGAUGAUUUGGAAAGAAGUAAAGAAAAAGUGCUGGAAAACCAAGUGUUCCCAGAAGAGCAAACCCAUUCGGUGGACAAUAUGACAGAUGAUAUGGCCAAGGCUUUUGAAGCGAAAAUUGAAAAAAUAGAGGACUCAGAUCUUAAGGAAACUACUAUGAAGCUGAUUAAAGUUCUUAGAGAAGUAUCCCAGGAAAAAGAAGAAAUGCCUAUUCUGAAGCUUAUUAAAGUGACUGCUCAUUGGAAAGAAAUUCACCCAAUAUUUUUAGACGCAAUUGUUAAGCUACUAGAUAUUGCUGGCACUCAGAAAUCAAAAGAGCUAAGUCAAAAGGAGCCGUCCCAAAAUAUAUUUACUAAAGAUCAGGCUAACGAACUACUAAAUUCACUAACUGUUCUUGCUAAUAGCUUAUCAGUGGUUUCAAAAGUUCCUACAGCAACAAGUGAGAGCGAUUCAGAUUUCACAAAAUGUAAAGAGUUAAUAAAAUCCUGCAAUGCUUCGCUUCAAAUAUUGCUAACUCCCCCCCCCUUUAAAAUUGGAACAAAAUAUAGGUAAAAUUUCCAUUUUUUUUGGUAAAUUACCCCCCCUUUAAAUUGGAACAAAAAUUUAAUUUUAUAAUCAAAAAUUAUAUAUAAUGUUUAUCUAAAAAGUUUUGAUAUAAGUUAAAUGUUUCUUCUUAACUAAAAUUCAAAAUUUAGUUAUAUCUUGCUCUUUUUUAAAGAAGAGAGUAUCUUAUUUAAAUACAUUUAUUAUCCUUAAUUGCUAAAUUUUAAAAAAAAAUUAAUUUUUUUUUCAUAAAAAAUGAUAUUUUUUAUUUAAAUAGUUUUGAUAUAAAUUCAAUGCGAAUUCUUAAAAAAAUAUAAAAAUUUAGUUAUUUCUUGCUUUAUUUUAAAGAACAGAGUAUAAAUAACAUCUUAUAAAACAAAAUUAGCACUUUAAAUUGAUAAAUUUUCUAAAAUUUUUUUUUUAUCAAUAAAAAUAAUAAUUUUUGUGUAAAUAAUUUUGAUACCAAUUAAUAGUGGCAUAUUAACUAAUAAUGAUAAUUUAGUUAUAUCUUGCUUGUUUUAAAGGAUAAAGAGUAAAUAUCAUUUUUUUAAACAAAUUUAUUGAUCUAAUUCGAUAAGUUUUUGAAAUUUUUUUUUUAUAAAAAAAUUUUAUAUUGAUAUUUUUUUUAUAAAAAAUUUUUAUAUUGAUAUUUUUUUUAAAAAAUUUUCUUAAACUUCCUUUAAAUUGGAAUGGAAUUUUUUGUUCCAAUUUUAAAGGGGGGGGGAGUAAGCACUGAAAGUUUGCCAGCAACUUAUCUUGAGUCUCAAAAGUACAUUGAAGAAUUCAAUGAAAUGCCAACGGUUGUCUCAAAGACCACACUAUCUUCAAUCCUAAGCGAAGUCUACGCAGCCAGUGACCGAAUCCCUUCAGUCGACAACUUCUGGCCUACUGAUAGCUUGAAUUCCUGGGACAACGUUUUGCGGGAACUCAAAAAAGUCUCGAAUGAAGCAUUCCACAAGGAAUCCUAUGAAAGCGAAGAAGACAUAAGAAGCAUUGAGGACGAACUAAAAAGAGCUUUAGAAACUAUUGAAGAAAAGGAUAAAAUUAUAGAAAGCCAAGCAGAAGCUAUAAAAGAAGAAAGGAAAAAGACUGAAAACGAGCUAGAGAGCUUAAUAAUACAAUUAAGAGAGGAAGUUAGCCAAGAGCAAUUGGUGAUAGAAAAAAUGGCAGCCGAAAUGGAGAGCCAAGCUCAGAAAAUCAAAGAAUUGGAAGCACUGCUGAAAAUACAAGAGAGUGGGGAAGGCCAGCAGCAAGGCUAA